CUGGAGCUGAAAAACUUACCGAGGCCUUUCAAGUUCCCGUCGGUGAUCAGAGUCAGCACCUCCAAGAAUGAUGUGGAGGACAAGAAAGUCCUCUGUGACAUCUGCACCAGUGAAGAGGCGUCGCAGGGGAAGCCAGGGGCAGCCAAGGACAGCAGCUGGACGAUUCGGGUUUGCCGAGGUUGCUCAGGGAGGCACAACAUUCGAGACAUGCUGCCGCUGAGAGGAAGGUGCAGCGACUGCUCGCGGUUCGCGGUCUUCGGCAAGAACGGGAGGAUGCAGCGGCAUUGCAUGAAGCACCGGCGGUCAGAGGCGGAGAUAUCGUCCAACCUGCGCUGCUCCUUCCUGGAAGGAUGCCAUAGGCAACCCUCCUACUGGAACCCUGAGCACAAGGAGAUGAAGUUCUGUAGCUCCCAUCGCCUCGACGGGCAUCUUUGCAUGAAGAACCGACGGUGUCAACACAUCGAAGGAUGUUCACGCAGGGCUGCCUUCAUUCUUGGCGACAAGUAUAUGUGUGGGAAGCACAGGACGGGGCAGGACAAGCAGCAGGCCAAAGUGCUCGGGUCCUACCAGAAGUGUCGAUUCCAGGGAUGUGGCAAGAGGGCAAACUUUGGGGUGAGCGGGACGAAGCGAGCUCUGUUCUGCUGCCUGCACAAGCAGCUCGAGCAUGUCAACGUCAUGCGCAGGAGGUGCCAGCACGUGGGAUGCACGAAAACUCCUUCCUAUGGCGAUGAGAAGAGCAGAGUCGCCAAGUUCUGCAGAGCACACUCCCCAGCAGGUGUUGAGCUGCAACUGUCUCCUCAUCCUCCUUCCCUCCCUUCCUCUCCCUCCCUUGCCCCCCCGUCUCUCAGCGUCUCUACCCUUGCCCUCCAUGUCCCAGUCGCCUGCCUCCUCUGCCUCCCUCGCUCCUCUUCACCUUCUCAUCGCAACGCAGGUCUCAUCGACGUUAGAAACCGCUGCUGCCAGCUCUGCAGCUCUAGAGCCACGUGGGGCUGGACAGCAGGACCUGAGAGAUGCCGGGCGCAUCGCCUUCCCUUCCACCUCAACCUCUCCGCCUCCAGCAGGAAGGUCGACUCCUCCUCCAGCAGCGAACAGCCUUCCUCUUCCUCCUCUUCCUCGUCCUCCUCCUCCAGCCCACACCCUUCUCCCCCCAGCAGGAGUCUGCACCCCUGCCCUCCCAGAAGGAGGACAGUUUUCUCAGCUCCUCUUUGUACCAUUUCAUGA